CGCAUGCACUGAAUUGCCCUGAGAAUUACGAUGACAUCGGGAGCGGCUGCGUGCUCGCCCCCACCGAGUGGUUGACCGCGCUCGAGGCCCAGGUUCAGUGCCGCGAAUUGCACGGGGAACUCGCCACCCUCGACCGCUGCGACUUUUUCACGGACGCUGUGCACUACCUUGAAGAAACAGGCGGGAUGAACGAUAGUUUCUGGAUCGGUGGAAGGUACUCAGUGACCCGCGAUGAAUGGCAUUGGAGGGACGGUUCUGUUAUAGCCAUGGGGGCACCCUUCUGGGGAACGGCUGGCGGAGGCACGUGGGAGCCUUGGGGAGGUCAGUGCACUGGGAUUUUCUAUGGAGAUAAUCCCUACAUGGGGGCGUAUGAUUGCUCAUGGGAGUUUCAUCACAUCUGUGAAGGGCCACCAACAGCAGAGGGCCAUUGCAACCUCCCUUACACGGCGGUAGGAAGUCAGUGCCUGAGCUUUGAAAGCUCAGCCAGGCAGUCAUGGGAGGCGUCGAGAAAUAUCUGCCAGGAGGAUGGUGGCGAUCUGGUCACAUUCGAUAACUGCGAGCAGUUCGGAGUAGUGGCUAAUUACAUCCUCGAACAAGAUUUGCAGCACAUUACCAACUACUGGGUCGGUGGCUACCUUGAAACCUGGUACACGGAGGACUGGUUUUGGGUCGACAAUUCCUCGAUUCCAAUGGGACUUCCUUAUUGGGGUCAGUACUACCCCGGAAAAUUGCUCCCCGACAACUCAGCAGCCGAGCGGUGUCUGGAACUCGGUUAUGAAUGUCGGCAUCGGUUCAACGACCGUGACUGCCUGGACUUCCGCCGGCCGCUCUGCAUGGCAUCUCCAGUUGAAUGACAACUUAGUGGCAUGAAUCACAUUUUCAUAGCACAAUCAGUUUUCAAGGUAAAACCUUUCGGAGAAUGCCAUACCGAAUACCAGAGAAUACCAAUACCAUAAUAUUUGAACAUGUUAUCUCGAGACCGCGGGUGAAGGUAAGAAAAAAUUAACACGGAACCGCUCAUCUUUGCUUUCGAUAUAAUGCUGACAUUAAAUUAAUACUAUAUGAAAGCAGGUAAUUCAAAUU